UUAGCUGGGCACAGUGGCGCGUGCCUGUAAUCCCAGCUACUCGGGAGGCUGAGGCAGGAGAAUUGCCUGAACCCAGGAGGCGGAGGUUGUGGUGAGCCGAGAUCGCGCCAUUGCACUCCAGCCUGGGUAACAAGAGUGAAACUCCGUCUCAAAAAAAAAAAAAAAAGCACUCUCUUAUAUAGUCAACAUACUACUGUCCAAAGAAGAAAAUUGACAUGAAUACAACACUGCUAUCUAGUCCAAAGAACCUAUACAAAUUUCAUCUACUGUCCUAACAAUAUCUCUUCGUUUUCUGGCUCAGCAUCCUAUCCAGGAAUACAUGUUAGUUAGUUAUGUCUGUUUGUAGUUCUUCAGCCUCAGUUUUCCAUUUUUCAUGUCCUUGAUAGUUUUAAUAAGUAUAUGCCCUGUAUUCUGUUUGGUACCCUCAUCCUAGAUCUGUGAUGUUUCCUCAUGACUCCAAUCAGGUUAUGCAUUCCUGGUAGUAAUACCACAGAAAUGGUGCUGUGCUCUGCUCAGUGUUUUCCAUUUAGAGGCAUACAAUUUAAAACCAUGCCACUAAAUAUUGUCAAGAUUGUAUUUGUGCCUUUUGUAAUUGACUAGUGUUUGUGGAGAUGUCUUCCAAAAUUUUUCUGGUAUCCUGUUUCUCAUCAAACCUCUACUCAUCAGCUUUAUUGGGUGUCACUGAUGACUCCCACCUGAAUUAACCACUUUUAUGAUGAUUGCCAAAUAAUAUGUCUUUAUUUCUGUUAUUCCUUCUGUACAUAUUAGUUGGUAUUAUGUCACAAGGUACUAUUUUUUUUUUUUUUGAGACAGAGUCUUGCUCUGCCGCCCAGGCUAGAGUGCAGUAGUGUGAUCUCAGCUUACCGCAACCUUCACCUCCCAGGUUCAAGCAAUUCUCCUACCUCAGCCUCCCAAGUAGCUGAGAUUACAGGUGCCCACCACCCCAGCUAAUUUUUGUAUUUUUAAUAGAGACGCGGAUUUCACCUCUUUCUUUUUCAUUUAUUAAUUAAAGCAGUAAAGACUCAUGGAUUUCUAUUUUGUUAAAUAUGGUCUGAUUUGUUACUGUUAUUAUUUAUUUUGCUUUUUAAUCUGUUCCUGAUUUAGCCAAUAGAAGCCUCUUCAAGCUGGCUCCUCUGCCCAUAUAUCAUCCUUCUAUUUCAUUGAUUGUGUCUUUCCUUAGGACUUUGUGGCAGAAUAGGCUGUUCCUGGUUCAUCUUGUGCUUUGUCUACUCUAGCCCUGGAAUCAGCCAUUUCUCCAAGGAGCCCUGUUUUUGUUUUUUAAUGUGAAAGAUGUUGCAGAAGUGUUCCAGAAGUGGCUGAAGAUAGAAGGAAAAAAGUGCCACUGCCUAUCAGAAAAAACAAAACAAAACAAAACAUGGGAAAUACAACCACCAAAUUUCGUAAAGCACUCAUCAAUGGUGAUGAAAAUCUGGCCUGCCAAAUAUAUGAAAACAAUCCUCAGCUAAAAGAAUCCCUUGAUCCAAAUACAUCUUAUGGGGAACCCUACCAGCACAAUACUCCAUUACAUUAUGCUGCUAGACAUGGAAUGAAUAAAAUAUUAGGGACUUUCCUUUGUAGAGAUGGAAAUCCAAAUAAACGGAAUGUGCACAAUGAAACAUCUAUGCAUUUGUUGUGUAUGGGACCUCAAAUUAUGAUAUCUGAAGGAGCCCUUCAUCCUCGCUUGGCACGCCCCACAGAAGAUGAUUUCAGAAGAGCAGAUUGUCUGCAGAUGAUCUUAAGAUGGAAAGGAGCAAAACUUGACCAGGGUGAAUAUGAGAGGGCAGCUAUUGAUGCUGUUGAUAACAAAAAAAACACACCCUUGCACUAUGCGGCUGCCUCAGGGAUGAAAGCCUGUGUAGAGCUUUUAGUAAAACAUGGAGGAGACUUGUUUGCUGAGAAUGAAAAUAAAGAUACUCCUUGUGAUUGUGCUGAAAAGCAACACCACAAAGAUUUGGCCCUCAAUCUGGAAUCUCAAAUGGUAUUCUCACGGGAUCCUGAGGCUGAAGAAAUAGAAGCUGAAUAUGCUGCAUUAGACAAACGAGAGAUGGUCAACUCCAUGAAGGCUAGAGCCAUAUCUGCCUAUUCAACAGACUGUUUUCAAUGUUUGAAACACUGCUUGCCCAAACCAUAUGAAGGAUUAAGGCCUCAGGAUCUUCGUAGAUUGAAAGAUAUGCUUAUUGUGGAAACUGCAGACAUGCUUCAGGCUCCUCUGUUUACUGCUGAAGCUUUACUUCGAGCUCAUGACUGGGACAGGGAGAAAUUACUUGAAGCUUGGAUGUCCAACCCAGAGAACUGCUGCCAACGAUCAGGUGUUCAAAUGCCAACUCCACCACCAAGUGGGUAUAAUGCCUGGGACACGCUCCCAUCCCCAAGAACUCCAAGGACUACACGCUCUUCUGUCACUUCCCCAGAUGAAAUCAGCUUAUCUCCUGGGGAUUUAGACACCAGUUUGUGUGACAUUUGUAUGUGCAGUAUCUCUGUAUUUGAAGAUCCCGUGGAUAUGCCCUGUGGACAUGACUUUUGUAGAGGAUGUUGGGAGUCGUUUUUGAAUCUGAAAAUUCAAGAAGGUGAAGCUCACAAUAUUUUUUGCCCUGCAUAUGAUUGCUUCCAACUUGUGCCUGUGGAUAUCAUAGAAAGUGUAGUUUCAAAGGAGAUGGACAAACGAUACCUACAGUUUGAUAUUAAGGCUUUUGUUGAAAAUAAUCCUGCCAUUAAAUGGUGUCCUACUCCAGGCUGUGACAGAGCAGUCAGACUAACAAAACAAGGGUCAAAUACAUCUGGAUCUGAUACACUCAGCUUCCCAUUGCUGAGAGCUCCUGCUGUUGAUUGUGGAAAAGGACACCUCUUCUGUUGGGAGUGCCUUGGUGAAGCACAUGAGCCUUGUGACUGCCAAACAUGGAAGAAUUGGUUGCAAAAAAUAACCGAAAUGAAACCAGAAGAACUUGUGGGAGUUAGUGAAGCCUACGAGGAUGCCGCCAAUUGUCUCUGGUUAUUAACUAACUCCAAGCCUUGUGCCAACUGUAAGUCUCCAAUACAGAAGAAUGAAGGCUGCAAUCACAUGCAGUGUGCUAAGUGCAAGUAUGACUUUUGUUGGAUUUGCCUAGAAGAGUGGAAAAAACAUAGUUCUUCCACUGGAGGUUAUUACAGAUGUACUCGCUAUGAAGUCAUUCAACAUGUGGAGGAGCAAUCCAAGGAAAUGACUGUGGAGGCUGAGAAAAAACACAAACGAUUUCAGGAACUUGACAGAUUUAUGCACUAUUAUACAAGAUUUAAAAAUCAUGAGCAUAGUUAUCAGUUAGAACAACGCCUUCUUAAAACAGCCAAAGAAAAGAUGGAACAAUUGAGCAGAGCUCUCAAAGAAACUGAAGGAGGCUGUCCAGAUACCACUUUCAUUGAAGAUGCAGUUCAUGUGCUCUUAAAAACUCGGCGCAUUCUCAAGUGUUCUUAUCCAUACGGAUUUUUCUUGGAACCUAAAAGCACAAAGAAAGAAAUUUUCGAACUAAUGCAAACAGACCUAGAAAUGGUCACUGAAGACCUUGCCCAGAAAGUCAAUAGGCCUUACCUUCGAACACCUCGCCACAAGAUCAUCAAAGCAGCAUGCCUUGUUCAGCAGAAGAGGCAAGAAUUCCUGGCAUCUGUGGCUCGGGGAGUUGCUCCUGCAGACUCACCAGAAGCUCCAAGACGCAGCUUUGCUGGUGGAACAUGGGAUUGGGAAUAUUUAGGAUUUGCAUCACCAGAGGAAUAUGCUGAAUUUCAGUAUCGGAGGAGGCACAGACAGCGUCGUCGAGGAGACGUGCACAGUCUGCUCAGUAAUCCUCCAGAGCCUGAUGAGCCAAGUGAAAGCACUUUAGAUAUUCCAGAAGGCGGCAGCAGCAGCCGCAGACCUGGCACAUCUGUGGUAAGUUCUACAUCUAUGAGUGUACUGCACAGCUCUUCCCUGCGUGACUACACCCCUGCCAGUCGCUCUGAAAACCAGGACUCUCUUCAGGCUCUGAGUUCCUUGGAUGAAGAUGAUCCCAAUAUACUUCUUGCAAUACAGUUAUCACUGCAAGAAUCUGGGCUGGCCAUCGAUGAAGAAACUAGAGAUUUCCUCAGUAAUGAAGCAUCCUUAGGUGCUAUAGGCACUUCUUUACCUUCCAGGCUGGACUCUCUCCCCAGAAAUACAGACAGCCCUCGGGCUGCAUUGAGCAGCUCUGAGCUUUUGGAACUUGGUGACAGCCUCAUGAGAGUAGGAGCAGAGAGUGACCCAUUUUCAACUGACACUCUCAGUUCACACCCUCUCAGUGAGGCAAGAAGUGAUUUCUGUCCCUCAUCCAGUGACCCUGAUUCAGCUGACCAAGACCCCAACAUCAAUGACAAUCUUCUUGGCAACAUCAUGGCUUGGUUUCAUGACAUGAACCCUCAGAGUAUUGCCCUGAUUCCUCCAGCAACUACAGAAAUUAGUGCAGAUUCCCAGCUCCCCUGUAUCAAAGAUGGGUCAGAAGGUGUGAAGGAUGUGGAACUAGUGCUGCCAGAAGAUUCAGUGUUUGAAGAUGCCAGUGGCAGGGAAGGUAGAGGAACCCAGAUGGAAGAAAAUCGUUUGGAAGAAAAUAUUCUAACUGAGGAAGCAGCAUCUCAAGCUGGUGACAGUGGUAAUGAGGCGGCCAACAGAGUAGAUGGUUCAGAUGUUUCAAGUCAAACACCUCAAACCUCAAGUGACUGGCUUGAACAAGUACAUUUAGUGUGAACUGCACACAUCUGGGCUCUAAAUGAAUUACAGAUAUAGAUGCUAUGCUAGGUGGAGUAUGCUUGAUAGAGACUUUGAUUCACUUAAUUCCAACUCAGUGAUAAACCACCGACAUUAGGGUUGAAUACAAAGGAGUUCCCUUGAAUGGUAGCUUCAUUUUUUAUCUUAACCUUACAGGGAAUUUCCUUUGUACUUAAUUGAAUAGCUUUUCCCCUUUCUGCUGACAAAAAGAAGAGCAAGAGUAAGAGAAACAAAAAUGAAAUAAAUAGGUCGUAUUCCACAUUUUAAGAAAAUGCAAUCCUCUAUUUAGCCUAGGGCUGACAAUACUUAAACUGAACAUUUAAACUAAAGGCUUACUCCCUAAUCUUUGGGUGGCUUUCCUUAAGAAAAAAAAAGUUUUCUUGAUUCUAUAAAUUCAUUUUGGAUAGGUCCAGUAACAUGUAUGUUCUCAAUCUCUUUGUGCUCUUCUGUAACUUCCUUCCUUACUUUUUGUCUAAGCAAUGUGAAUUGAAGUCUCUUUAGUACCACAUCUACCACAGUGUAAUUAGUUUUAAUUUUCACAUGAAGCAAAGAUUUCCUUUCAUGUCUAUUUACAGUCCAGUUGUGCCAAACUCUGACUUGUGUGCUGACUAACAAGGCAUUUAGGUGUGCAGCAUCCUAGAGUGCUCCAGGGUAGUGUCAGCGUUCUUGGGAGUAAAAGGUGCCACUCAGUAGCAAUGAUAUUCCAGAAUUAAAUGGGUUUUUGUUGCCAUGGAGACUGCAUUUAUAUAAAUGUAGCCUGUAGCUUAAGUUAACUAAACCUAAUGCUGCUGUUAAAAACAGUUUAUUUUAAUAUUAAAAUACAGUUGAUUAGCAACAGCGGUGCUGUAUUUUAAGAGACACUUUAUUGGAAGUGCAAUCAUAGUUAUUUGUUUUCACAAUUUUACAGUGCAUUCUAAUUACUAAUGGGUGCAAUUACUUUUAAUGGUAGGUGUUUUAUAAAAUAGAAAAAAAAGUGGAGUUUUCAUGAGUUAUAGUAAAUCCCACAAUUAUUAAGAAAUUCAGUAAAACAUCCUGCGCAACAUGUUACCGUGCCUUUGCCUAACCUAAAUGGAUAGUUGCCAGUUAAAUAAGUGAGUAAUUCAAAUUUCAAUGUCUCUUCUGAAGUAACUAUGCUAUGAAUUGCAAAGACCUCCAUAAAACCACCCAUGGCCUUGCUUUUACAGUAACAACUAAAUGUUCAAUCAGUUUGUUUGCCUAACUAGCAAAUGCUGACAUGUGUUUGUUCUAUUGCACAAUACUCAUUUGCUGUGUGAUUACUGUUUAGUGUUGAAAAAAAUCAACUUCCUAGUUAUCAGUGUCUACUGUGAAGAAAAUACUGGUCUUAGUUGUAAUUAAGAUACAAUGGUACAGUGUGUAAUUAAAACUAGAGUAAACUGUUGGUAUGGCUGUUUUACUUACAUAUUAUCAAAACUAGCGUAACAUAAGCGGAAUAGGUAAGUGCAACACUCCAUUUAGUGUUUUGCCAAAUUGUUACCAGAAAUCUACGGAUACUAAAAUUUCAGUUCUGAGUUUGUACAGGCAAGUCCUGGGCUGGGUAAAAAGUUACAUUAGUAUUAUUAUCCACAAGUGAUGUGAUUAUGGUUUUUGAUUACUUUUUUUUUCAAACCCUGCUUUUGAAAUAUGCUUAUACUUAAAAAUUAUAUUGCUAGGACACUAUAUUAGAAUAUUUAAUAUUCCCCAUAUCCUCUUAGGAUAAACUGUGGGAAUCCUCCUAUGCCAUGCAUAUCAAAGGUCCACAUUAGUUUUUAUUUCUCCAGUGAUCAGAAACAUUGAUAUCAAUACCUAUUAAAGUUAGUGGGGGGAAAUAUUAACUUUAUCUACAGUGUAUUACUGUAUAUUAAACAAAUAGUCCAUUAAAGGAUUUUUUAUGAAUUUAUUUUGGAUUAAAAAUAUCAACACCAAUAAGUUUUUAGACCAAGUUGUAACUUUUCCAAUAUAGAGUCUUUGCAUCACAUUGAGCUUGCACAGCUGCAGUUACGGUGAGAAAGAAUGCUCUGUGUGAAGAUAGCGUACAAAAUGGGUUCCAGUUUCCUUGCACCUUGUGCAGUAUCCUUUAUUUCUGUGCUGUUCUCUUCUGAGCAUGAAAAAUGAUAAUUAUCCAAUUUGUAUUUCCUUGGUACAUAUUUUAAAAACAACACAGUCAUUGACUUUACAAUUCAGUAAUGAAGUUUGGCAAAGCCUAUUUUGUAAACAAGUUAAUUUUAUAAUGUAAAAAAAAAAGUUAAUCUAACCUUGACUUGUUAUUUGCACUUUCAUAGUCUAUACUUGAUACAUUCCCACUUUAUAUACAGUAGGAUUCUACAAACGUGUAGAUGUUUGGCCAAAUGAAUGCUGUUAAUAAUAUGUAAAAUUCUUUGAUUAAACAUUUAUUACUUAAACUA